CGGCAACCGUCGGCCGUCGGCGCGGCUUGGGCGGUUGUCUUGGAGAAGCAAGAUGGCGGCGACGGCGGCCGCGGUGGUGGCGGAGGAGGACACGGAGCUGCGGGACCUGCUGGUGCAGACGCUGGAGAACAGCGGGGUCCUGAACCGCAUCAAGGCUGAACUCCGAGCAGCUGUGUUUUUAGCGCUAGAGGAGCAAGAAAAAGUAGAGAACAAAACUCCUUUAGUCAAUGAGAGCCUGAAAAAGUUUUUAAAUACGAAAGAUGGCCGGCUGGUGGCUAGUCUCGUUGCCGAAUUUCUUCAGUUUUUCAAUCUUGAUUUUACCUUGGCUGUUUUUCAACCUGAAACUAGCACAUUUCAAGGUCUCGAAGGUCGAGAGAAUUUAGCCCGAGAUUUAGGAAUUAUUGAAGCAGAAGGUACGGUGGGUGGACCCUUAUUAUUAGAAGUGAUCAGACGCUGUCAACAGAAAGAAAAAGGGCCAACCAGUGGGGAAGGUGCACUAGAUCUAUCUGAUGUACAUUCUCCACCAAGGUCACCAGAAGGAAAAACAAGUGCACACACUCCUCCCAGUAAGAUACCAAGGUAUAAAGGACAAGGUAAGAAGAAGCCAAGCAGGCGGAAGUCUGGUGCCAAGAAGGCCAACAAUGAUGCUAGUCAGAGUGAUACCAGUAUCUCAUCAUCAGAACCAAAGAGCAAAAGUAGUCUUCACUUGCUGGCCCAUGAAACAAAAAUUGGAGCCUUGUUAAGCAACAAAAGUCUAGAUGUCAAAGACAAAGCUGGUCCUUGUCCAGAUGAAGAUGAUAUGGAAGGAGAUUCUUUCUUUGAUGAUCCCAUUCCUAAACCAGAAAAAACCUAUGGUUGGAGAAGUGAAACUAGUAAGCAAGUAGGAAGCCUUGCAUCGCUCUCGGACGCCCCCCCCCUAAAAGGUGGACUCAGCUCCCUUACUGGAGCUCCCUCACUGAAAGACUCUGAAAGUAAAAGGGGAAACACAAUUCUGAAAGAUCUUAAAUUGGUCAAUGAUAAAAUCGGAUCACUUGGUUUAGGGACUGGAGAGGAAGAUGACUAUGUUGACGAUUUUAAUAGUACCAGCCAUCGCUCAGAAAAAAGUGAGCUAAGUAUUGGUGAAGAGAUCGAGGAAGACCUCUCUGUGGAAAUAGAUGACGUCAAUACCAGUGAUAAACUUGAUGACCUGACACAGGACCUGACUGUGUCCCAGCUCAGUGACGUUGCGGAUUAUCUGGAAGAUGUUGCCUAGGCGAUGAAAGAAGGAAGUAUUCUAAUCGGCAAAGGGACAAAGGACUCUGAUCAGUUCUUUUUUUUUUUAUCCUGGACAAUCUCUCUUUGCUGGAAUGUCUGCUCCCUGUUGGUGCCUGUGUUCCAAAAAGAUUACAGAUAUUAAAAAAAUUAACUGUUGGG